AUGACCGGUAGCUUUUACCUUUGCCGCGGCCCGAAUCAGAAGAAGGGAAAGAUGAGUGGCCGCAAGUGGUUGCCAAAGAAGCCACAAGCAAAGGAGUUGCCAAAGUCGCACACAGAGGAGAAGCCUGAGCCAGUCGUUGAGCCAGCGACUGCAGAUACCGAGAUGCCGAUGGCAGAGGAGGUCCCGAAGGAAGCCGAAGGAGUCGACAUCGCAAUGGAUGUUGGCAAGCUUUGCAAAGCUUUGGCCUCCGUGUACUCGUCCUUCAUUGAGGUGGAGACUGGGACUGGGAAGCAGGACGUGGUUUCUCGCUUCCACUCGAAGGUCGCACCCGGCAUUGGCAUCGAGCAGUACCUCACUCGAUUGGCCAAGUACUUCCAGUGCCAUGAAUCAUGUUUGCUGCUGGCCCUCGUCUACAUCGAUCGAGCAGUAAAGAUGAACCCCGUCGUUGUGGUGAACAACUUCACCAUUCAUCGGCUUUUGGCCGUAGCUACGGUCGUUGCUGCAAAGAUACAGGACGACCUUUUCUUCAGCAACGCCCACUACGCUCGGGUUUGCGGCCUUACACUUCGGGAGCUCAACAGCCUGGAGGUCUACUUCACUUCUUUGCUGCGCUGGAAGCUACAUGUUCCGGUGACUGAGUAUCGGGAGUAUUUGAACAUGGUCAAGCGUGCCCGGUCGGCGUCACCGUGGUGUGGGGCGGAUAUUUCUGGCUGUCAUUGCUCGGACCCGGGCAGCGAAGAGGAUCCGAAUGCAGGAAUCAUGGAGCCACCUUCUGACCAGGAAGACCCAGACUUCCUCAUGGCGAGGGAGCUGAAAUAUCAUCUCGAGCUCGUCUCUCCCAUCGUUGGCAUGGCACGAAAGACGAACCUCUGCAAGUGCUGGGAGCCGGUCGGAAACUUCGACUAUGGCCUCUCCUCCCUGGACACCAUGGGAAACCUCUGCACAGAGGUCGAAUGGUGGCUGCAGGACGAAGCCUCACAGAACCGCUAUGAUGCUGUUCACACCAACUGGGAGAAGCUGCUGGCUGUUUGGGAUCACCUGUUGAGGUUCCACAUUGAGGACUUGCUGGAUGCUGGCUUCGAUUCCGACACAGUGAAGGACGCCUUCAGUUUGACUUUGGGCCCUCUCGUGAGAGGCUACUGGUAG